AACGGCUUUGUAGUCGUAAAUUGCUCACGUUGCUGCUGCUGCUGGCUGCUCUGUUCCACUCGCGUUCAAGUGUCCCUACCUGUGGCCGUGGACAGCUGUCAUGGACCGCAUUAAAGAUGGCUGGUUUACGGAGUCCUGCGCGAUGUGGCCGGGGCAGGCAAUGAGCCUGCAGGUGGAGGAGGUGCUCUACCACAAGAAGUCCAAAUUCCAAGAUGUUAUGGUUUUCAAGAGUAAAACGUACGGAAACGUGUUGGUGCUGGACGGGGUGAUCCAGUGCACGGAGAGGGACGAGUUCGCCUAUCAGGAAAUGAUCGCCAACCUCCCUCUGCGCAGCCACCCGGGCCCCAAGAAGGUGCUGAUCAUCGGCGGGGGAGACGGCGGAGUGCUGAGGGAGGUGGUGAAGCAUCCGCUGGUGGAGUCGGCGGUUCUCUGUGAGAUCGAUGAGGAUGUCAUUGAGGUGUCAAAGAAGUACCUCCCAGGUAUGGCCAAAGGGUUUUUCAGUCCCAAGCUCACCCUCCAUGUUGGCGACGGCUUUGAAUUCAUGAAGAAGAACCAGGAUGCCUUUGACAUCAUUAUAACCGACUCCUCGGAUCCAGUUGGUCCCGCAGAGAGCCUGUUCAAGGAGUCCUACUACCAGCUAAUGAAAGCGGCGUUGAGAAGCGGCGGCAUCCUUUGCUCCCAGGGAGAGUGUCAGUGGCUCCACUUGGAGCUGAUAAAGGAGAUGCAGACCUUCUGCAAGACGCUUUUCCCCGUGGUGGACUACGCUUACAGCACGAUCCCAACUUAUCCCAGCGGCCAAAUCGGGUUUAUGCUCUGCAGUAAAAAUCCUGAGACAAACUUCAGGGAACCAGUGAAGGCGCUCACUAAAGAAGAAAUGGAAAGUAUGAACCUUAAAUAUUACAACCCUGAUAUUCACAAAGCAUCCUUCAUCCUGCCUGAAUUUGCCAGAAAGGUACUCACUGAGGCAUGACCUGCGCCAGCAGACGUGUUCCUCCUCUGCCAACGCUACAAAAAAUAAAUAAAUACCAUUGUUCCAUGACGUAUCCACCUCUUCAACAUGGGUCACUGUCACGCAAGAGAAAUCACCUGCUGGGAACCUGCUGGAUUACUACCCUAUCAGUGUUCCUCUCCUUCAGUCUUACGAACUCUUAAUGUUGCUUUUUGUUUUAUUUUUACUCUGGUUGAUGUCCAAUCAUAUUUUAUUAGAGCAGUUGAAUGGCCUGGACUGACAGACCAUUGUGAUAAAAUUCUGACCUCAUUCUUCAACUGUGUACUGUCUGACCCGGUGGGUUACAAACCAUAUGGAUCUAUAAUCUGUGUACUUGGGAAGCACAUCUGUUUUUCCACGUUCUUUGUUUUGUUAUUUGUGUGUGCUCAUUAAAAAAUAUGCAGCGUCCAUAUAUCAUGUCUGGGCAUUCAGGCCACCCAUCAUCAAGUUACACAAGAAGCCUCUAGUGCCUGACAUUAGUGCUGUGCUAUGGACAAAAGACCCUGUAGCAUCCUACACUGAAGCUGUAAGGUCGGUGUUGGAGAAAUUUUAGAGUAUUACAAACUUAAGAUAAAACGGAUGUGUAGCUUUCAACAUCAGUUAAAAAUAAAGCUGUUCUGUUAUGAUAGAAAAAGAAAAGAACAAUGUAAUAAAAGUUUGUAAUUUCAAGAGAUAGAAACCUUUUAAGACUAAAUUCAUUCUACUAUUUUAGUCUGGAGGAUUGGGUAUUUAACUUUAAUAGGAUGGCUGCUUUUGUAGUAAACCUGUACUCUAUUGCAAGAUGCUAAUCUCUCUCCAUGUGGAAAUCUUUAACUGAGUCAAAAUGAUCUUUGUUGAGCCUUGGAGUUGUAUAUGAGUAUUCAAUUUGUUUUUAUAAGAGCUAUGAACUGUAAUAAAUUAGUAACACAAACCUA